AUAACACAGCGACUGAGAAAGAACCACGAUUUUCUGAAGCUGCUUGUCAAGUGUACCCCAGCUCAGCGUAAAGCCAUUUUGAAGGUGGCAGACGACGCUUUAGUAAGAACCAUUUGUGAGUGUGUUUUAAACGUGCUAAAAGGAACAGUGCCUGUCAGUAAGCCAGCCAAGAAAAAACUUUUACCUCACAAGAACUCUUUGAUCGCUUUAGCCGAAAAAAGUACACCGCUCGAUAAGAAAAAGAGAUUGUUGGUACAACACGGAGGAAAUUUUUUAAGUGUUUUGCUACCUCCCGUUCUGCGUGUGUUAAGUUCGAUUCUUACCUAAAAUGAAUCACACAAAGCGUAUGGUUCUCGUGCCCGAGAACACCUUGGAAAGAUUACAACAGCGCCAGCAGAUUUUAACCCCACCCGUCACACAAACUCUGAGAAACUUGGAUAGUGAAAUGACCGAUAUUUUAUCCAGUAAAGAACUUGAUGAUGAACAAAAAGCUAGGCUUUACAAUCAAGUGUUGCAGCGGUACUUGACUUAUUACGAUCAGCGAAAAGGUCAACCUCUUCAUGUGAAAAUAUCAACCUCCAAAGCAGUAGAAACACCUAAACCAGAAGAAAAUGAACAACCUUCGGAAGAACCUGUCCCGGAAAAAUUCACUUCAUCAGCCGUAGAGAAAGAGGUCAUGAAAAGUGUACCCAAAAUUUACAAAGCUGGGGCUAGACAAUUGUUGGAUAAAAUUAAAGAGCAUCAAGAUGUAUUGCAUUGGAAUGAUAAAGGAGAGCUUUUGUAUGAAACCAAACCCAUUCCAGGUUCUCAUCUGGUGGACCUAGUCAACGACACAUUGCGCCACCGCAAAGGAUUUGAACCAGUGGGAUGGUCGGUGUUUGCGAGGGGUCUGGCCCGAAUAAAUGUCCCGGAAAAUCUAGUGCGUAAUCCACAGAGGCAAAGUGCUGUUCGAGAAUUU